CUGUCGCCUCUGGUCCAGCUCCAUUGCACAGCAGCUCCGUUGCACAUGUCCAUCGCCCCAAGCAGCAGUCGCCUCCCCUAGCGACCACGCACCAUCACAGAAGCAGCCUGCGAAUAUCGCGCGCCGUCUCGCUAAACUCCAUCUCGUCCUUCGGCGGAUUCUAGAAACUUUCCUUCGUCACAAUGGUACGAUGUGAAAACCCCAUACACGGCACCGGCUCUUCGUCGGCCUGUGGCCUCAUCGUGUCGCACAGUGUCCCGCCCGGGCGCACGCUCAGAUCCAACUCCGCGCCCAGGCCACAUCGGCCAGGGAGAAUGCAUGCGCCAUUAUCGACGCCGAGACUCCCGCUGCAUGAGCCACUACUAAGCCACCUUCACUUCCAGCGGGAACCGUCCAAGCUAACCGCCGUCAUCACAAUACAUGCCGUUAUCCGCUUACGCGACAACACCCAUACACUUUCCUUACCUUUCUCCAGAUCCAAAGGCCAAUCGCAGUAUCAUGUCGAUUUCAUUUCGAAUCCUUGCCAGCACGAAAACUUCAAUCCGGCUGUCCAUACCAUCUCAUCUCACUGAUCGUAUACAGUCACGCAAAAACAUCUUCCCGCCAAGCUUCACUAACCUUUACGCUGCAUGUCUCUUGAUGCUGUCCCCAACCGCGCAGAGCUUCAGCCCCUCCAUCCCCCACUUUUUCCAUCCGUAGCCGCGCUGAACACGCCCCUGGCUGUCUUGCACCCGUGGACACUGCAGUUGUCCCAUGUCGCUAGCCUGUUGCAAAUGGUGGUAGAACAGCGGCCCGCGCCGAGCUUUUGGCUGCGGACUGAUUUAAAAACCCCUCAUUGUC